CUGCCCUCGCCCAGUCCCUGCCCGGCUGAGUAGGCACCUCAUUCAGCUCCUGUGAGGAGGGAGAGAGAGGCCAUGUCUGACGCAGAAGAGGUGGAGGAGUACGAGGGGGAGCAGGAAGAGGAAGCCGUGGAAGAGCAGGAAGAGGUCGCGGAAGAGGCGGCAGCGGAGGAGGCGGCAGCGGAGGAGAAGGCUGAGGGCGAGGCGGAGGCCGAGACCAACGCGGACGACGACAGACAAGAGGAGGGAGUGAAAGAGGCUGAAGAUGGCCCCGUCGGGGAGUCCAAACCCAAGCCCAGGCCCUUCAUGCCCAACCUGGUGCCGCCCAAGAUCCCUGAUGGAGAGAGGGUGGACUUCGACGACAUCCACCGGAAGCGCAUUGAGAAGGACCUGAACGAGCUGCAGACGCUGAUCGAGGCUCACUUCGAGAACAGGAAGAAGGAGGAGGAGGAGCUCGUCUCGCUCAAAGACAGGAUCGAGAAGCGCAGGGCGGAGCGGGCGGAGCAGCAGCGCAUCCGGAGCGAGCGGGAGAAGGAGCGGCAGAACCGCCUGGCGGAGGAGCGAGCCCGGCGGGAGGAGGAGGAGAACCGCAGGCGCGCGGAGGACGAGGCCCGUAAGAAGAAGGCGCUUUCCAACAUGAUGCACUUCGGGGGCUACAUCCAGAAGCAGGCGCAGACGGAGCGGAAAAGCGGGAAGAGGCAGACGGAGCGGGAAAAGAAGAAGAAGAUUCUGGCCGAGAGGAGGAAGGUGCUGGCCAUCGACCACCUGAAUGAAGAUCAACUCAGGGAGAAGGCCAAGGAGCUGUGGCAAUGCAUCUACAACCUGGAGGCUGAGAAGUUCGACCUGCAGGAGAAGUUCAAGCAGCAGAAAUACGAAAUCAACGUGCUCCGAAACAGAAUCAAUGACAACCAGAAAGUCUCCAAGACCCGGGGGAAGGCCAAGGUCACGGGGCGCUGGAAGUGAGGCCCAGACCUGCUCCUGGCCGCGUCCUGCCCGCCCUGCAGGCCCCCAGCUCCUGGGCCCUCCUGGCACGGGGCCGGGUGGGGAGCAGGUUCUGUCUGGACACGGGGAGGGCCCAGCUGGCCACCGCCACACACGGCUGCAACCCACAUGCCCACACCACGCCAGGAAUAAAGCCACCGCCCACCCACUGGCA